CAAACUCGCCAUGCUCUUAUAUGCUGAAUCUUCCAGCUACCGCGGAAGAGUUUGAAAACGAUGAGGAUGUGCAGACCAGCUUUUUUAUACGGGCUCACAAGUUGGAAAGAAUUGCUGCUAAGGGUAGUUUCAAGUUCAUUGCUGAGUGUGAUGACUAUCAAUGGUGUUUGUCGGAGUCAUGGAGUGAGGAUGAAGAGUCGAGUGAAGAUGACAGCGACUUGGAGAUGGCCAGUGACGAUGAUGAGGAUUUGGAAAUGGCAAGCGAUGAUGAGGGGUAUUUCGACGAAGAUGAUGAGGAUUUAUCGACAGUACUAAGCGAGAACGAACAUUCCUAAUAGAACCUUGGC